AUGAGCGCGCCGAUGUUUACGGUGGCCAACGGCCGCCUUGCCGCAGAAGUAACCAAAGCUGGAGGUCUUGGUCUGCUGGCAGCCGGCUUAGACCCAAGCGCAGAGUCGCCUCAUCUCGCGGCCUUGGAUGAACAGUUGACCAUUGCACGGGAACUUCUCGGCCAUGGUAGUUCGUCCAAUAUCGCACUGCCCGUGGGCAUCGGGUUCAUCACGCUGCUCGGAUCGACUGAGUUAUUUCACAACAACUCUGUGCCCAUCAUUACAAAGCACAAACCUGCCCUUGUGUGGCUAUUCGGGUCUGACCCGUCAGAGCCGCUCUAUGGAGAGCUGAUCUCGUUGCUCCACUCGGUUGGCGGGAGUUGGGGCUUGAAAAUCUGUGUGCAGGUCGGCAGCGUAGAUGCAGCAAGGCAAGUUGUUCGUGCUGGCGCCGAUGCGGUCGUAGCGCAAGGGGCUGAUGCUGGGGGUCACCUCUGGGCCAAGGCGGCUAGUCUCAUGACACUACUUCCCGAGAUUGUUGACAUGUUGAGGAGAGAGUUCAAGGACCGUCAGGUCGCCGUUGUGGCAGCGGGAGGGAUUGUCGAUGGGAGAGGCGUAGCUGCUGCGUUGGCACUCGGCGCCGAUGCUGUGACCAUGGGAACCAGAUUCAUCACUUCGCCAGAGACGGAUACAGCCCCCUAUGCGCGCAAAGCCGUUCUGGCAGCCCAAGAUGGAGGCGUAGCAACGACGGCGUCCUCGCAUCACGAUGCUAUCCAGGGGUAUCCAACGUGGUCCCGCACAUAUACCGCCAGAGCCAUCACUCAUCAGGGUAUCGUCGACCUGGAGCACGGCAAUUCUGUCGAAAACGUCGCAGCUUCCUUCAAUGAGGCAAAACAACAAGGUGACGAGUCACGUCUCGUCACGUUUGCUGGCACGGGGGUCGGCCUUGUCAAGGCGCCCAAGCCGGCCGCCGAGAUCGUCGAUGAAGUCAGGAGCGAGGCGUUGCAGUUAUUCAACACGAUUAGCGCUCGUCAUGGGUAG